CGCGUCCCUCAUCGCAGCCCCGGCGAGCUGGAGAGCGAGCACCAUGCCUGUGCGCAGAGGUCAUGUGGCACCGCAAAACACCUUCCUGGGGACCAUCAUCCGGAAAUUCGAAGGGCAAAAUAAAAAAUUCAUCAUUGCUAAUGCCAGAGUGCAGAACUGCGCUAUCAUCUACUGCAAUGACGGGUUCUGUGAGUUGACGGGAUUCUCCAGGCCAGAUGUCAUGCAAAAACCAUGCACUUGUGACUUCCUUCAUGGACCGGAGACAAAAAGGCAUCACGUUGCCCAAAUUGCCCAGGCCUUGCUCGGGUCAGAGGAGAGGAAAGUGGAAGUUACCUAUUAUCAUAAAGAUGGGUCCACCUUCAUUUGCAACACCCACAUAAUCCCCGUGAAAAACCAAGAUGGAGUGGCCAUGAUGUUUAUUAUUAGCUUUGACUACAUAACGGAUGAGGAGAAUGUCGAGUCUCCAGAGAAAUUCAACCAGAUACUGUCAGCCAAAGUUGCAAACCAUGGUAACAACCUUUCAAGAGGCUCUUCGUCAGGCAAGCUUUUUGGGUUCAAGAUACCUGGGCUGAAUCUUUUGCCGUACAGAAAGCAGUCUUUGCCCCAGGAAGAUCCUGAUGCGGUGAUCAUCGACUCAUCGAAACGCAGUGACGAUUCCAUGGCGAUGAAGCACUUUAAGUCUCCGACGAAAGAAAGCUGCAGUCCUUCCGAAGCAGAUGACACCAAGGCCCUGAUCCAGCCAAGCACGUGUUCACCUCCGGUGAACAUAUCGGGACCCCUUGACCAUUCUUCACCGAAACGGCAAUGGGAUCGACUGUCUCCCGAUAUGCUGCAUUCAAGCACAGCACUAACCCACGCUCAGUCGAAGGAAAGCGUUUGCAGCAUACGGAGAGCAUCUUCAGUACACAACAUCGAAGGAUUUAACAUCCAUCCCAAGAAUGUGUUUAGGGACCGGCAUGCUAGUGAAGACAAUGGUCGCAAUGCCAAAGGUCCUUUUAACCAUAUCAAGUCAAGUCUAUUAGGAUCUACGUCAGAUUCAAACCUCAACAAAUAUACCACCAUCAACAAGAUUCCCCAGCUCACUCUGAACUUUUCUGAUAUCAAAACUGAAAAAAAAAGUUCAUCACCUCCAUCGUCAGAGAAAACUAUUAUUGCACCCAAAGUGAAAGACAGAACACACAAUGUAACUGAGAAAGUAACACAGGUCCUCUCCUUGGGAGCAGAUGUACUGCCAGAAUAUAAACUCCAAACACCGCGCAUCAACAAGUUUACUAUAUUGCACUACAGUCCUUUCAAGGCAGUCUGGGACUGGCUUAUUUUAUUACUUGUGAUCUACACGGCCAUAUUCACCCCUUACUCUGCAGCGUUCCUUCUCAAUGACAGUGAAGAACAGAAGAGGCGGGUGUGUGGCUAUUCGUGCAACCCAUUGAACAUGGUAGACUUGAUUGUGGACAUUAUGUUUAUCAUUGACAUUCUCAUAAACUUCCGAACAACAUAUGUAAACAAGAAUGAAGAAGUGGUAAGUGACCCAGCAAAAAUAGCAAUUCACUACUUCAAAGGCUGGUUCCUAAUUGACAUGGUUGCUGCAAUACCUUUUGACCUGCUGAUUUUUGGAUCUGGCUCUGAUGAGACCACGACACUCAUUGGCCUUCUGAAGACUGCUCGGCUACUACGUUUGGUGAGGGUUGCCCGGAAACUGGACAGAUACUCCGAAUAUGGUGCUGCUGUUCUGAUGUUACUUAUGUGCAUCUUUGCCCUCAUUGCACACUGGUUGGCUUGCAUUUGGUAUGCCAUCGGGAAUGUGGAAAGACAUUACCUGUCUCCUAAAAUCGGUUGGCUGGAUUCCCUGGGACAGCAAUUGGGGAAACAUUACAAUCGGAGCGAUGUCAGCUCCGGACCAUCCAUCAAGGACAAAUAUGUCACCGCACUUUAUUUUACCUUCAGCAGCCUGACAAGCGUCGGGUUUGGAAACGUGUCCCCAAACACCAACUCAGAGAAAAUCUUUUCCAUUUGUGUGAUGCUGAUCGGCUCAUUAAUGUAUGCAAGCAUUUUUGGAAAUGUAUCUGCAAUAAUCCAAAGACUGUAUUCAGGGACUGCACGGUAUCACAUGCAGAUGCUGCGUGUAAAAGAGUUUAUACGCUUUCAUCAAAUCCCCAACCCUUUGAGGCAGCGGCUUGAAGAGUAUUUCCAGCAUGCAUGGACAUACACAAACGGCAUUGACAUGAACAUGGGAUUUCCAGAAUGUUUACAAGCUGAUAUCUGUCUCCACCUCAACCAAAGUUUACUUCAAAACUGCAAAGCUUUCCAGGGGGCCAGCAAAGGUUGUCUCCGGGCUUUGGCUAUGAAGUUUAAGACGACACAUGCACCACCUGGGGACACACUAGUCCAUUCUGGUGAUAUUCUAACUGCGCUUUACUUUCUUUCACGAGGCUCCAUUGAAAUUCUCAAGAAUGACAUGGUGGUGGCGAUUCUUGGCAAAAAUGACAUUUUUGGAGAGAUGGUACAUCUUUAUGCAAAACCUGGGAAGUCAAAUGCAGACGUGAGAGCUUUAACCUACUGUGACUUGCAUAAGAUCCAACGAGAAGACUUGUUAGAAGUUUUGGAUAUGUAUCCUGAAUUUUCUGAUCUGUUUCUCACCAAUCUAGAGCUCACUUUCAAUUUGAGACAUGAAAACCCCAAAGCUGAUCUCUCAAUAAGGCCACAAACCAUGAAUGAUUCGGAUGGUGAAAACAGCCAAGUCCGAAGAAGGAAAUUGUCUUUUGAAAGUGAAAUUGAUAAAGACUAUGACAAAAAGGAUGAGGAUUCUGUGGAUAAUGCCCGACAUUACCAGGACACCAAGAAACAUUUUGAGAUCAAGAGAAGCAGGUCAUCAUCUUUUGUGUCGUCCAUCGAUGAUGAACAGAAGCCCUUGUUCUCUGGGAUUAUAGGCUACCCAGCUGUACUGGGGAAGACGGCAGUGCUGGAUUUUGGGGAGAUAGUACACGCAACAGAAAAAAUCCCAACUGACAGAAGAAGUCACUCUUGUAAAGACAUCACUGACAGACAAAUCUGGGAGGAGGAUCACAGCAGGAGCCACCAAGAGUCAUCCAGUCAGUCAGCAUUACCUCAUGUCACGUGGGGCAUCUCCGAAACAGAAAGUGAGAUCAACUACGGUGAAGUGGAGCAGAGGCUAGAUUUACUUCAAGACCAACUCAGCAGGCUCGAAUCUCAGAUGACUGCUGACAUUCAAACCAUCCUACAGUUGCUGCAGAGACAAUCUGCACUCAUCCCCCCUGCCUAUAGUGUGGUGACCGCAAGUGCAGAUUAUCAGAGGCCAGCUGUCCGCAUUGUGCAAAGUCUUCAUCCCGUAGCAUCUAUUAAAACAGACAGAAGCUUCAGUCCUUCACAGUGUCCUGAGUUCCUAGACCUUGAAAAAUCAAAACUGAAAUCCAAAGAAUCCCUCUCCAGUGGAGUGCAUCUCAAUACAGCCUCGGAAGACAACCUGGCAUCGUUUUUGGAACAGGAGCAUGAGCAGUCUUUAGAGCUACCCCCACGACAUUGUAAGACUUACCUCCACCCAAUUAGACACCCGUCCUUGCCUGAUUCUUCCCUAAGCACUAUAGGAAUCUUGGGUCUCCAUAGGCAUGUUUCUGAUCCUGGUCUUCCUGGGAAAUAACCCUUUUGUACUUACAUCACCUAAAAUGUAAGUGCUUUUAAUGGCUGGGUUUUUUCCCUUUUUUUUUUUUUUUUUGUAUUUUAAAUCCUCUAUACUUGA